CGAGUCAGCCGGUGUAUCGACUGUAAAAACAGCCCGAAUACCGGCUAUAUACAUUUACGAAUAAUUCGCGACCAAUUUCGUCGAAAUUAACGUGUUAAAACGGUGUUUUAGCCGGAAAUUUUAGCUUAAAGUCGCUCGAAGGUGCACGGGAGGGUUUUAGGGCGAAAAUCGUUACGUUAUUCCCGAAAUCCCGAAAGUUUUCUUUGUUCUCGGACGAUCCGCGGACUCGGCUUAACUCCGGUUUGUUUUUCAUGUCGCCCUGUAGAACUCUCGAAUAGUCUCCAGCAAGUCCCACCACGCACCUUUCAAUCAGUAUUACUACCCCUAAAAAGUAUUUUUUAAGUAUUAACACCCCACCAAAGACCACCCCACUAUAGCGCGUACUCAACAAUUAAAACCUAAAAGUACAAAUCCAGUCAAAAAUAUCGAAAAAAAAAAAAAGAAAACAUGUUCGUCCAAACGUCCGGAAACAACGUCCAAAAACGGUCCACGAGCUCCAACGACGAUUUAAUCUUCGACAUCGAAGACAUUUCGAAAUUCUGCACCACCAGAAGCACCAACGAGGUCCAAGAACUGGAAUUGGACGUGGUGUCAAAAAUAGUCGAGAGCUGGCUGGACCCGAACAAUAUCAAUCAAGAGCAGCAGUGUUCUUGUGCCAAAGACGUCGAAGGUUACAUUCACGAUAAGGGUCCAAAUUUUAAUCAAACAAGGUCCAAUUUUAAUGAAAAAAGACCACGGUGUAACACGGGGGACAAGACCGCGUCCAGGAGUCCGAUAGAGAAGGACGAGCUGCUUUUAAAACAGAGCGCGAGCGCAAGGGAGUCUCCUAACGAACAGUAUUUCGAUAUGGUGGCGCUGUACUUUCCGACCAUUUUAAGGUUAUGUUUCGCCUGUCCGUUUGGGAAAGUUAGAGAGAAAUGUUGGGGGAUUCUGGAGUAUGUUGGGGAACGUGGAUUGCCAGUGCCGAAUCCCUUGGCUUUCGGACCAAGCGGAUUCAUCCCCUCCACAGAGCUCUCGUUUAUGGGAACGUGCAACGAAAAGACCCAUACCCUUUUCGUAGACGCAUUCCUGCAAAACAACCGACUGGACCAUGUGUCCCAAGUGAUGGGAUACCAUCCCUCAUAUCUGGAAAAGUUUCUACAAACGCAGAAUUUUAUCCUGAGCAGGGAUGGACCUUUGCCAUUCGAUUAUCGGCACUACAUCGCCAUCAUGGCCGCCGGACGUCACCAGUGUCAGUACCUGAUUAAUCUGCAGAAGCAGGAAUUCUUGCAACAGGGCGGCGAUCAGAACUGGCUCAGAGGUCUCAAGGCCAUACCGCAGAAACUAAGGAACUUGUACGAUAUUAAUAAGAUCUUGGCGCACAGGCCUUGGCUACUCAGAACUUCUCAUAUUGAGAAAUUAACGAAAUGCGGCAAAGACUCGUGGUCGUUGGCGGAAGUGGUGCACGCCAUCGUGAUUUUAACGCACUUCCACUCCCUCUGCUCGUUCGUGUUUUCCUGCGGGGUCAAUCAGGAGUUGGACCAAGCAGGGGGUUACGAGUAUCCCGGUGGACAAAGGUCGCCUACUGAAAAACCCGGCACCGCCGGACCUAAGGGUAGUAAAACCGGCAGCCCUACCGGUAGUAGACCAGGAGAAUGGGUGGAUCCUUUAGGUGGUUGUCCGCCUUCACCCACAGAACCGGAAGUGGGUAUCACCACGCUCAUGCAACGAAUGAAAACCCUGUCGGAGCAGACUGAGGAAUGUACCCCCGUAGAGUUAGCGAAGAGGUUCGAGAAUAUUGAAGUUCAGUCGGCGGAAUUAGGAGUGAUAGGGCCGGAACCGCAAGAGACCCCGGCCGACGUCAGUUAUUUCGUGGACGACGCCAGUUUUCAAUAUCAGGAUUUCGCUAAAAGAACUGAGACUGAUAUACACACCUUUAGAGUACAAGAUUAUUCGUGGGACGACCAUGGUUAUUCCACUGUUAAUAGGUUAUAUAAUGAAGUAGGAACACUAUUAGAUUCAAAAUUUAUGACUGCUAAGAGCCUCACUUAUUACACCAUGGGUGGCAGAACUGACGUGGAUACAUCUAGAUUUAGGAGAGCUAUAUGGAACUACAUACAAGCCUUACUUGGAAUCCGACACGACGAUUAUGACUACAGGGAAAUUGACGAGCUGGUGGACAAACCGCUGAAGAGUUUCAUUAAAACUGCGUGUUGUUAUCCGGAAAGGGUCACCAAGAAGGUCUACGAUAGGGUCAUGAGGGAGUUCAAGCAUAGCGAAAAGGUCCACGUAAACCUGAUGGUCCUAGAGUCGCGUAUGCAGGCCGAAUUAAUUUACGCCCUACGUACCGUCAACCGCUACAUGACAAUUUAACUUUCAAUUAUUUUUUUUUAUACUUGCAGCUUUUUUUUUCUUGUUCUUUAAUUCGUAGACCCGCCAAAAGGUAUUCCCGUAAGCUUUAAUGUAUAAACAGUUUGUUUUUUUUUUAUAUAGUUAAGUAGGCAACCCGCUCGCCUUUCGUGAGGGGUGGGGAGAGUGGCAAAUUCAAAAGUUUAGGAUAUUUUUGGCGGCAUAUAUACAUAUAUAUAAAUAGGUUUAUAAUAAUUUUUCUAUGAUUUCAUUUGUUAUGAUUUUUUUUAAACAAAAAAAAAACGAGCGUUAUAAUACAUAUUAUAUAUGACCACACACCUUGUAAAUAUAAGAAUUUAAACAAAAAUAUUAAUCUAUAUAUAUAUAAUAUAUUAUUAACUAAAAGAGAGAAUAUAAGGGGCGCUUCAUAAGCUUAUAAAGGGAAUUUUAAGCACCUUAAGGGUGGGAACCACUUUGGUACAAAAGCCCACAUAAGUGUAUAUAGGAUGAUUAAAUUAGUGCGCUGUCUCGUGUUACUGCGUACGGAUAUUUAUGGAAAAAGUACGUGGGUCAAGGCGGGAAAUUUCAAAAAUCACUAGAGUUUGUAAAUAUUUGUUUGUGAGUGGGAGGACUUUUGAGGAGGAUUAUCAGGUACGGUGUGAUGUCAGUAAAUUACGUAAUUCAAGUCUUUCCUAAUAUAUUCUAAGAGUGUCUUGGGAUGGGAUAUGGGAUAUUAUUGAUUCAGUGUACAUUCAAACUUUGAUUCAUUUACUACUGGGGGUUAAGAACAUCAAUUAAAAAUAAUCAAUACUUAGCUAAAGCCUACUUUUAAAUGUUAUCGAUUUUUUUGGGAUAUAUAAUAAAAUGGAGUAAGGAUUUGGGAAAAUUAACUUUUGGGUUACUGGGAUGAGUUUUUCUUGAAGAAAUAUAAUGCGAGAUGUUUUCUUAAGACCUGAAAACACUAAAAUAUGCAUGUUUUUCUUCGAUAUAAGCUGGAUUUUCAGAACAUUUUGCUGGGUUGUGUCCUACAUAUCAAAAUCCAGGAAACUUGAAUUAAACUUAAAAAAAAAAGCAAAAAUUAACACUGUUGGUGUUUUUUAAUAAAUUUUCUUUUAUUUUCAACCCUAAAAACCGUUGAGGAAGGCCAAGAAAAUUAAAAAAUUAUUAGUGGAAACUUUUGUACCUUGGACCACUUUUCACAUUUUUUUUUUCAUGAAAAUUUUGCGUAUUUGAAUAUGUCCAGCUGUUGUUUAUACCUUUCAGAACACACUGCUCUUUACUAACCACUAUAGGCAUAAUUCUUCAGUCAUAAUCAGUGUAUUCAAGAAACAUCACCUCAGAGUCAGAAGAAGAACUUGAUAUUUCUUUACUCAAUGUAACUUUUUUCAGUAAUUCUUUAUUUGGUUUUUGUCUUCUAUUUUAUUUAAAGUGUGUCCUGAAUUUUUAGACACUGUUUUAGUUUUUUCUGUUUUUUUCGAUUGCGAUUUUUCCUGGCAUAUCAGUAGCAAUCUCUCUUAUUCUUCUUGCAAUAUUGGGCCUUAGGGCAAGGCAGAACGUUUUCUGGGAUAAGGAAUGUCUUUGUCUUAUUUGUUUUUAACCUUGGCAUCACAGGAACUGCAGAUGAAAGCAGAGCUGAGGUUAAAGUUGAAGGUCCAGAAUCUGAAGAUGCAUCAGUAACUGGAUGUAAGGCUGAAGACGUAAAUGUCACAGAUGGCAACGAAGAGGAUGACGAACCUACAGCUUAAGGCAGAUCAGGUGUAACAGGAGGGCUGGAUCCAAUUUUGUUAGUGGUACAAGUCCCUUCAGUGUUUGCAGACCUCUUCACGUAGAAAUAAAGGAAAUUAUCGUCAGUAAAGAUAUCUUCAUUGAAGGGGAAUAUAAUAAGAUAUUAUCCGGAGUAAAGGUACACGAGUUGUAUAUAUCAAAGGUUUUUCCUUUGUUGUUCAAAAAACCAGGCUUCAACAGAUUGGUUGUAAUAGUUCUUUAAAGGUCCGUAAACGGAGAGGUCUAAAGGCUACAGCCUGUAUGUAGAAGAAAUUUAAAAACUAUAAUUCUUUUGCACGAACAGUUCUAGAUUAUCCUUGAACUAUACUCAGCAUGUUUCGUUUAGGUUCCAAAAUUUUAACUGUGGCAAUUUUGGACCAUAUUUUCUAUGCACCUCUUUAAUAUUGUUGUAAAACACUCCAAAGAAGUAGUCCAAGGUACAACAGUUUUCCUCAUAUAAGAGAAUUACAUUUGGUGGGAGAGUACCACGCAAUGAAGAACGAAUCAGGAACACUUAAAUACAUUUAAAUACAAACACUUUGUCUAAAAAAAAUCACUAAAUUAAAUACUUUAACAAAUACACAACCUUAAGUUUAUUUGAUUUCAACAAGAUUUAAAUGGCUUUUUAAAUAUUUAAACCUAGUAGAUGGUAAACAAGUCGGCCACUUGCUCAUUUGACGUAAUAUAAUUUAUUAAAACUUUACCAGGACUCACAAGUUCCAUCCAUAUGUUUUGACCUUUUUGUCUUAAGUAUUGAAGCAAUUCUGCUACAUGAAUGCUUAUCUUCAAACAAUUCAAAAGGCGCAACAUCUUUAUUAAAUAUCUCAAUAAGAAGUUGAGUUGAGUUUUAUUUAUAAAACUUGUGACAAACACUGUGAUAGAGCUGCAUACUUAGCCUCUGGACUAGAUGCACUAGAGACUGUUUUUUGUUUCGUAGUAUUUCAAAAUACUAAAUUGAGGAAUAAGUAACAAAGUGUCAUUUGCAAAAUCUGCAUCUACAAAAUGCAACUAGCUCCCUACUAGUAGUAUUUCCAUUCAUCUUAAAUGGUAAAACAAGAUUCUUAGUAUCUUUCAGAUACCUUUUCACUGAAAAGAGUUAUUUAGUGCUCUAUAUUAUAAGAAGUUUGAAAUUUACUAAAAUAUGUAAUCGCAUAACAUAUAUCAGGACGGCUAGGACAUUAAACUACCGAUUAACUGUCUUUUAUGGAAUCUCUAAAAUGUCAAUGUCCUUGCUGUUUGUUAAAAUUGUCACUUGUAUAUAAAUCCAAAUUUAACUUUGAUUGCACUGGUCUUUCACUUUUCUUACACUGGAACAUUUUAAAUUGAUCUAAUUUAUCUAUCUUCGAUCCCAAAAAUUUUAAAUAAAAAUUAUUUGUCAAAUCAAUCAUUUCAAAUUUAAUCCUUAAUUUACGUUUUAUAUUUUAUACAAUUCAUCAACAUGGAUUAUAACAAAAACAUAUUGUUUCUAAAAUAUAAACAUGGAUCUGCCUUUGACCUAACUAAGCCUAACUCACAUAAAUAAUGGUAGACUUAACGCCUUUGGAAUAUACAUAUACAUAGGUUGCUUUAAUAAACUAUUUAAAAAGGCGCAUUUUACAUCCAUUAAAUGUAUGUGCAUGUUUCUUUCAACACUUAAACUCACCAAUGUUCUAAUAAUCAUCAUUCGUGCAACUUUAACGCAAAUACUAGUGUACCUUACUUCACCCUUUGCCCAUUUACCUCUUUUUCCUUAAAAAUCCACUUUGUUGUGUGAAAAAGGUAGAAUUUCACAAGUAUUGUUCUUUUUCAAAACUCGUGCUUUAUAGCAUCCUGCCAAAUAGGUUCCUCGGGAAUGUCGUCAUUGCCAAAAGUAUCUGCUGACAAGGCUGCAACUAGAAUGGACUUAAAUCGAAGUCAACGUAAUAGGCAUCUUCACUUUUCUACAACUCCUCUUUAACCUUCCAACUUGGUUAUCGUCACUCUCAAUGUUGUCAUCAUGUCUCGUUUGGGAUAUCGUAUUCACUCUCACUCUCUUUAUGUUAAUAUCUGUCUUCUUCCCUGCUUUUUCUAUUAUUAAAAAAUAUUUCGUUGGUUCAGACACCUUUUUCUGCUCGUCGAAUUCAACACUCUUGCAAAUCCCGUAGAAGAUAACUUGAUUAGUUGUGUACCCAACAAAUAACGUUUUCUCGCUGCUCUUUAUUGUGGAGGUAUGUGCAUGUAUGCUACAAGCUCUUAUUUUACUCAGAUUAGGUUUCUCUGAAUUCUAUAAUUCAGCAGGGGGUUUUCCAGAAGAUAUGAUACUGCUGUGGCUUCUGUUCAUCAAGUAAGCUGACACGGCUACUGCAAAACUCCAAAGUUCUAUUGUCACAUCUUAGACUAAUAAAACAAGACUAAAUUUAUCAAAAACCACUCUUAUUUGCAAGAAAUAUAUAACAAUAAAAUGGUCAGUAAAGCUGACAAAAUACUUCUUACUAGUUUUUGAUGCUGGGGAGAUUGGCUCACGUAUGUCCAAAACCUUUUACAUCUUCCUGGAGUCAUCCAAAGAUUUAUACAAUGCUUUAAUAGGCUUGGCCUUCAAAGAAGUUUCACACAGUUACUUUUGAAAAUUGUAAAUGCACUAUGGCCCAUUCAGAUCUCAUUUAACAGAUAAGUUUGUUUUAAUAUUAAGUUGAUAGGAACUCUACAAACUACAUACAACCGGCAAAAAAUGUACAACUUCUUCUGUACAACACAUUCUUCACCUACAAAGGAGUAGCACAAAGUUGAAUUGUUGCUUCACAUUUUUCCUCAAGAAAUGAACGAAAACCAGGACAGAAGCAAAAAUGCACAUAUUUUCCUUAAAACUUUACACAAUAAAUUAUUUUGUAAUUCCUUCGUUAAAAACAGUUAAGGAAAGACAAGAAAAUUAAGAAAAAAAAAUUGAUUUUGUUCCUCAAGAAAUGGAAGAAAACCAAGGAAAACCAAAAAUUCAUGUUUGCCCUAAGAUGCCAAAAUAUUGAGGUUUUUCUUGAAUGUUAACUGGAUUUUCAUUGCAUUUUUCUGCGGUUUUUCCUCGAGAUAAAAAUCCAACAAAAUUAAAUUAAAUCUAGAAAAACUACAGUUACCUCUGGAUCAAUUUUCUUUGAGUUUCAACCUUAAAAACAGAUGAGGAAAUCGAAAAAAAAUAAAAAUAACUUAUGCAAACAAAAAUGGAACUUUUGUCAAAAAAUUGGAAAAAACCAAGAAUUGCCACAAAAAUUCUUGUGCCUGUCUUAAGUGCUUAGAACAACAAAAUACUGAAUUCUAUUUAUGAUCAAAGUCCCAAACUUUUGCAAAGGUAGCAUCAUUUGCAUAAGUUUUGUUUAAAAUCCAACCCAAAAAUGCAUAAAAAUCCUAAGAGAAACAAAAAUUGUUUUAAGGAAUAAAAUAAAAGUGGAUUUGGAUGCGUUUUUUCUAGGCUCAACCCCAAAAAGGAUGAAGGAAAUCCAAGAACAAAGUGUCCAACAAAAAAUUGUGUUUGAAUAGGUUUUCUCCCAAAUAUCAUCCAGGAAAUUAUUAAAUCUGAAAGACCAACAAUUUUAAUAAAAAACCCUACAGAAAAAUGAUUUUCUUGCAUGGAAAUUAAGUUAUCAAACUUCAUUCUUGAGUUUCUAGAUUUGAGUAUUGGAAUUUUUCUUCAGAGACCCUUUUUUAACCCUUAUGUGACUGGAAAGGUACCCGGGUACCUUUUCAGUUUUCAGAUAUGAAUAUCUUUUUAACUCACCUUCGAUGAAGCUUGUACUUUUGUGACAUUUCUUAAUUUGGUUUUUUUAAGUUAUUAUUUUUUUUUUUAUUUUCAAAGUAAAUAAGAUGUAAAAAAUUUUCACCCAUAGUUGACUGGAUGGUUACUCGGGUACCUAUACUAUGUUUAUAAUACUAAUAAAAUUUUUAAGAGUUAAAUUCAUAUGUUUUAUUAUAUAUACAGUAAUAAGAAGUCACAGAAAAUUACAGUGAGGUACAAAUUAACGCAACAUAGCAAACAAACACUAAAAAACAUUACUUAUGAAUUACAGUUUUGAGAAAUAGUUUGAGCCACUGAAUGCUCGUUACAAACUGGUUUGGAGCAUGAUUUACAGGCUUUACGAGUUUUUCUCUGUUUAUGGGUUCGCUCUCGGCAUAUUUGGCAACUACCAACCACCUUUACACCUCACAGAUGCAUCUCGUUCACAAACUACUUGUUUUCUAACUGGAUUAUCUAAAGGAACAGGCAUUCGUCGGUGAAGUACCAUUUCUAUAGUCUGACGAGGAAAAUGAUUACCAACAACUUUUGGAAUUUGGGAUCUUAUUUGGAUACUUGACAAACACAGCUCAUUACCAAAAUCUUUUAAAAAUCGCCGACGUUGAUGAAUUAUGUUGAGAAAAAAUGCUAAUGGCCAGCGAUUUGUUCUACAUUUGACAGUAUAUUCACAUAGCAUUUGGUCCGUAGUGUCAACACUGCCUUUAGUUUUGUUACAAUAUCUGUUAAUUUCAGGCUUUGCAACAGAAGUAUUAUCUGCUUCGCCUGUUGUGUGCAUAGUAGAUAAAAAAAAUCACUGCCUUGUUUUUUUUUGGAACAUAAGAGCACAAUGUAGCAUCUUUGUUGAAUGCAAAAAUGGUUGAAUUUAUGGCUCUAUCUUUUUGUGCUUGCAUAUUGGAAGGUAAAAACGUUUUUCCUACUAAAAUCAUAUACCAUGAAUUUAAAGUACGAGCAAGUUGCAAACUUGUAAAAAAAUUGUCUGUUGUGAUAUUUCUUCCUGAUCCCUUAUAAUGUGCAACUAAGUCCAAUACUGUUCUCUCACCAAUAUUUGCCUGACGUUCACCACCUGGUGGUUGUCCGGUAUAUAGCUGACCCUUUAGAGGAUAGGAAUUUAUCGCAUGACAAGCCCAAAAAACCUUUAUUCCAUAUUUCGCUGGUUUCGAGGGAAUGUACUGGGUAAACUUAGUGUGUCCUCUAUAUGGAAAUAAUUGUUCAUCUACUGUAAUACACUCUGUUGGCCGAUAAUUUUUUGCCAAAUUUGAAUUCGGCAUAAUCCAGAUAUCUCGAAUUGGAGCUGCUUUAUCUGUCUUUGCACGUUCUAUACGCGUAUUCUGGUCAUCAAACCGAAUAAAUCUUAGAAACACUUUGAAGCGAUCACGAGGCAUAGCUGCGCGAAACAAAGGGAGCGAAUCCAUCUUCCACAUUUCAGAAAUAUGUUCUUUAUUGAACCUAUGUAAACCAGCAGUAAUUAGAAUUCUGAAAAAUGCAUCUAGUUCUACGUCAGUAAAUGGAAUAAAUACUUUUGGAGAAAAUGUUUUCGGCGGCUUAGUUAUUGCCAAUAACCUUUGGUUAUAUUCCUCCGUAACUCUAUUCCCUUUUUUAUUGCUAUAUUUUAGAAUCAGGGACACAUUUCUGAGGAUAUAAUAGUUUUGAAAAUGUCUUUGGGCGUAUAUAAACGACUUAAGGCUGGUGCACCACUUUUUUCACGCAAAAUAUUUCGACCUACCGUUUGUCGUUGUGGUGUAGGUGAGUCAUUCCACUGAGUGCCAUCUUUACUAGUCCAAUGGAAUUGUGAAGCCAAAUCUGGAUGUUAAAACGUUAUCAUCAUUAUCAGACUUCGAAUCUUCUAGCUCUACAACAGGAUCGUUUUCAACAUCAGAAUCCUCGCCUUCUGCAUCUGACAGUUGCGGAAUAUACUCCUCUUCAUCAGAAGCAAUAGCACUUAGGUGUUCUAAGGCUUCUUCUAAUUCCGAAUAGGUCAACCUAUUAUAAUAUCCCUAUUAUUAUUUAAUUUAUCUCCUUUUGUACUCUAUAUUAACUUUGACAUUUUACCUAUUAUGUAAAAAUAAUAAAUAUAUUUGUUUUACCUUGUCUUCCGCCAUCUUCCUCUUGCACUAUCGCUUCGACUAGGACCGGCCUCACUAUCCGACAUUUUAACGUAUAAAAAAUACUUUAGAUUUAACGUAAUUCAAACUCUACUCAAGUAGGUACAACGCGUUACUGACGAAUAUGAUCUUGUGCAAAAACAUAAACAGUCCGAGGCACCAGAGAUAGGGAAAAACCCACACAGAUGUGCAUGUUUAUAGUUAGUAGUAGUUAUAGUGGUAGAAAUUCACAGAAAAAGCCACGGCUCUAUAUAAAAUACAUAGUAGGUACCCGGGUACCCACGCCGUCCUUAGAAGGUGUGUUUUUUCCCAGUCACAUAAGGGUUAAAUGCAAAGACCCUAAAAAUCAUUUUUGGUGUCUUGGGAUGAGUUUUCGACCCAAAAAAGAUGGGGGAACAAUUAAAUCGCAUUUCAAUGGAGUUUUUUGAUUUAAUGCAAUAAGAAAUUUUCAAGAAAAUCUUGUCAAAGGACCCAAAUAAACAUUUUAAAAAAGGCCUUAACACAACAUUUUUUUUUUAAUGGAUGAGAAAAAUCAAACAAUUAGUCUGACCACAAAACUUGGGGGGUUUAAAUGAGUUUUUAUGACAGAUUAAUAUCAAGAAAUUAAAGGAAACUUUGAAGUGCCAAAAAAACUUAAGAUGUUCCUUCUCCAAGAAACCCAAUAUAAAUCUCAAAAAAAGUUAAAUUUUUUAGAUACCUGUAGGUUUCGAGGAAUUCAAACUUAUUAAAUAAACCCCAAUAAGACCAUUACAACUCCUGGCAUUCAAUAAAAAAAGACAUCUGAUUGAUAAUCGCCCUAUACAUAUAGUCCUCCUGUACCAAUUUUUGUCUAUUAACUUUUUUAUAUUAUUUAGAUAUUUUUAAAAUUGUUCGAGCAUGCCUAUAUAUUAUAUAAAUGAUCUGGAAAGUGUUAUAUUAUAACCGAAAAAGGCUGAAACUAUGUAAGUGUUUUGUCAUUUUUUCAACACCCGUGUACCAAAAGAAAUCACAGAACACCACACCAAAAAAAAAAAACGCCAUUUUAAAUAUAGUUAUAUUAUACGAAAAAAAAGUACAAAAUUAUUAUUAAUAUUAUUAUUGUUGAGAAAAGUCUUUAUCCGUCAUAUUCAUAUUUCUUUUGCUAUUUAAAAACAUACACAAUUUCCAAUUAAAUUUGGUGCUACCUAAGGGGCUUUUGUGAUCAUAAUUGCCCCUUUUUUUGUGAUUUUUUCAAUUUAAGUGUGAUCUCAUGAAGAAUUAUUACGGUAGUGAUCAGUUUAUGUUGUAGCACUAAAAUUUAAUUGGAAAUACUCCCUCGAGAAAAAAAAAUCCUUUACGUUCGCCAUAAAUGAAGCGCCCAAUAUAUAAAAAAAAAAUCGUUUUCUUUUUACACCUAGGAUUUAGCAAAAGAAAUAAUUAUUAUUAUUAUUGUCAUUUAAUAAGUUGGGAUCAUUAUAUACAGUUUGCAUAGUUAAGCUCUGAGGGGUGUGACUAAAUUAAAAAAACACUCCCGGAGGGCGUGGUUAGGUUGUGCCCCACCCUAGAAUCGAUUCAGUUUUUCACAGAAUCGAUUCUUGGUUUUAGGGUCGGUUUGUGAAACGGAAACAGCAAAGGGAGCGGUCUGAGAUGGACCCUCCCCCAUUUUGUGAUAUUUAUAUAUUAUUAUUAAUGUGAUGUGUAUAGUUUUUUUUAGAAUUCGUUUUCGAUUAUUUUGCUUAUAGGAAUGGUCUUGUCUUGUCUUUUGGAUUGUUAUGGGUACAUACAAAAUUGCCCCCUAUAAGGAGUAACAAUUUUUUUUGUCAUGUAAAAAUUCUGUGACGGACCAUUCCUAUAUUGGCCCACAGUCUUGAAAACCCUUGAUCAGAUAAGUAAACUUAAGAAGCAAAAUGUCAAAAAAGAAUAAGGGAAAUAGAAUUUAUAUUAUUGAUUUUCUUUUUGAUGAGGAUUUUGAUUUUUAACCGUUAGACUGCUAGUGAGACGUUAAUAUGAUAAUAUAUGCUAAGUGGAAAGUGUGAGAAAUAUAGUUUUCGAAAUUUAUCAAA